AUGCCUCAAAAGCGCAAGCGAGCAGAACAAGACCCCGCUGAUUCUGAUUCCCAAUCCGCUUAUAUUUCUACCUCCGCACUCAAACUCAAACCCAAACCGACCUCUUCCGAUCCUCAAACUAAACCCACCGUCGCGCGUCGAGCGACGCGUCAAACCCCGGUUUUGCCGCCAGUAUCGUCAGCACGCACUGAAACCGCUGUUCCGCCGCCUUCAAUACCGACCUUGUUGUCUAGUUCACCCAACACAACCUCUCCAGACCAGAAGCGCAAUCGUGCUCCGAUAACCCGAUCUCGGCCAUCCAAGGCGCAAUCCAGUACUGCCGCCCAAGACCAAGCGCAGUCGCAGUCGCAAAUAUCACCUCCUGUACUGCGAUGGGCUCCGCUUGAACAACCAGGCCCAGCAAAGAGGCCCCCUUCAGCGACAAUGACAGCCGUUCCACCUCCACGACCUACUGCUGCUGGUCGUCCGCUUUCAGAUUUAGUAGCGCCUGAGAUCACUUAUCACGUCCCUCAUUCGCAUACCAACUCAUUGCAGCGACCUUCAGCUCUUGUCCGACCUCAUGGCCCAACAGCGCAACCACCGCGUAUGCUCGAACGACCACCGCCACCUACAGUCACACCAGUCCACCCUCCGAAGCCACCUCCCGCCCCGUCUGUACGCCCGCCUCUACGAACCGACCGCAACAUAGACAAAGUUGUUCUGGGAAACAUGUGCUUCAGCACAUGGUACCCUAGCUGUUACGGAAAGGAAGUUCUGGGCGAAUCAUCAGGACAUCCAGCCAAGUCAGGCAGCAAAGAAGCAGGCGCCAAGGGCCAGACCACUGGAGGUACAUCGCCACCCGCAGUCGAUCGUCUCUACGUCUGCCCCAGCUGCUUUAAAUACUCCAAAGAAUUAGUCGCAUGGUGCCAUCACGUUCAUGUAUGCGAGCGGAAGGCUCAAAUACCGGGACGCAAGGUCUACAUUCACCCACAAGGACGUAGGAAGAUUCUUGUACCGUAUGAUAAUAAAGCUUCCGGGCCCAAGCGACGGAAGGGAGAAGGCAACAUUCGAUAUGUAGAAGAGUUGGUACAAGACGAGGGAGAAUGGAGCAUUUGGGAGGUGGACGGAGAGAAAGACGGGCUCUUUUGCCAGAACCUAUCACUCUUUGCAAAGCUGUUUCUCGACAACAAGUCUGUAUUCUUUGACGUUACGGGCUUCAACUACUUCUUGCUUGUCUACACACCUCCGACCCGACCCUCGCUUAUAUCGACAGAACCUGAGCUCCCACUUCCUCGCAUCGUUGGGUUUUUCUCCAAAGAAAAGAUGUCGUGGGAUAGCAACAACCUAGCUUGCAUUCUAAUCUUUCCUCCAUGGCAGCGCAAGGGUCUCGGGGCCCUGCUCAUGGGAGCCUCGUACGAGAUUUCCAGAAGAGAAGAGAUCCUGGGCGGACCGGAAAAGCCGAUCUCGGAUCUUGGCAGAAAAGGCUACAAGCGUUACUGGGCUGGCGAAAUCGCAAGAUGGCUGCUGAGUAUCGAACUGGACACCAAGAACCCCGAAAACGAAGUCCUCGUGGACCUCAAUGACUGCUGCAAAGCGACAUGGAUUCUCCCCGAAGAUUGUCUGCCGGUGUUGCGGGAUAUGGGUGUUGUUGAAGAGGCAGGCAUGGGUCCUAGUAAGCCCGAGGAGAAGCUUGUUAACGAUACGGAAGCAGAGGAAAGCAAACACGAGGGGACGAGGACCUCGCCUGCUGCUGAUGGAGUUAAUAAAGAUGUGGUCACAGUGGUAAAGACGGUGCCGCGAGUGCGGAUAGACAAGCAAGCAGUUCGUCGAUAUGUGGCAGAGAACCGGAUCAGCCUGGAGCGCGUAUGUGACCCUGCCGGAUUUGAGGAGGGCUACGCGAUCAAGGCGCCCGUCGUUUCAGAAGAUGAGGUGGAGGAUGAAGAGUGA